GAAUCUGAUAAAAAAAAGGAUACCCACUAGUGCAACUGUCUUGAUUCCUGUGCAUGUCAUCUCUUCCCUGUUUAUAGUUUUUUUUUUUUUUUACCCAGUUUACCCUUCUCGCUACUCUUAUGAUCUGUUAUUAUUCUCACUCUCUCAUUUCACUCUCAAAGCUUUCAAAAUUCUCGAUUUUAUCAGUCAUCAGUGAGCUUGCUCUCUAUAAGUCGCUACCUUCAAUGCCUGUCUUUAUUUAUUCUCAUUAUCCUUUUCCCCAGAAUAAGAAACUUAACUUAAUUAAUUAAAGAAAGAGAUCUGUUGUACUUUUUCUGUAUUAUUGUUGCUGACUACUCUAGAAUCUAGAUUUUUAUAAUUUAUGAAAUAAAAACUUUAUCUUAUGAUGAUUAUUAUUAUUAUUAUUAUAGUAGUUGCAAGUAAAUGACGCACCCUCUGACACCCACCACGCUUAUGCCCACUAAAAACCUCUCACCUUUCCCAGUGAAUUAUUUUUUUGGUAUUGAACCCUCAUUUCCUCCUGCAGUCAUAAUUUGAGUAGCUACUGUUUCCCUCCCAUCUUUUUCUUAUUUGCAUUUAUUAAUUAUCAAACCAAACCUCAUUCACCAAAUAUUAGCUGCUAUAGAAAGAUCUGAUAUAUAUAGGCUUUGUCUUAUAGUAGCAUCCCAUAUAACAUUCUUUUACUAGCCAAAUUUUGAUGGAAUAUGCUGUAGAAUAGGGGGGUGGGGUAACAAUAUAAACAUUUUGGGUGGGUUUUAAGAUUUGAAUGAAUGUAAUGAUCCAUGGGGAAGAAAGGGGGUAGUUCUUGGUUGACUGCUGUUAAGAGAGCUUUUAGAUCUCCUACUAAAGAAAGUCAUGACAAAGUUAGGAAUUGCAGAAGAAAAGAAGAUCAUCAUGAUACUCCCCUAUCAGAGGACCAAGAUGAUGAAAAGAAGAAAGAGAAAAGGAGAUGGCUUUUCAAGAAGGCAACAAAUCAACAAGAAUCACCAUCUACUACAGCUGUGCAGCAUAGCCCACAUGUAAAGAGUAGUAAUGGCAGUAGUGGUGUUGGUGGUCCUGUUGUUUCUGCAGCCACAGGAAGUGAUGUGUCUGAGCAGAGGCACGCUAUAGCAGUGGCAGUGGCUACAGCGGCUGCUGCUGAUGCCGCUGUCGCCACCGCACAUGCUGCAAUGGAGGCGGCAAGGCUUACAAAUUCAUUGCCAACAAAUGCUAACUACCUCGGAGAACAUUCUGCAGCUGUUCUCAUUCAGACUGCCUUCAGAGGAUAUUUGGCUAGGAGGGCGCUCAGAGCACUGAAAGGGUUGGUAAAGUUGCAAGCUUUAGUAAGAGGGCAUAAUGUUAGAAAGCAAGCCAAGAUGACAUUGAAAUGCAUGCAAGCUCUGGUUAGAGUUCAAGCCCGGGUUCUUGAUCAACGCUUGAGAUUAUCUCAUGAAGGUAGCAGAAAAUCUACCUUCAGUGAUACCACAAGUGUUGUUGAAUCGCGCUAUCUCCAGGAUAUAGCAGAAAGAAGAUCACUUUCACAUUCAAGAGAACCAAGUAGUUUAGCAGAUGAUUGGGAUGAAAGGCCGCACACUAUUGAGGAAGUCAAAGCCAUGUUGCAGAGUAGAAAAGAUGCUGUUCUCAGACGAGAGAAGAAUCUCUCCCAAGCUUUCUCUCAGCAGAUGUGGAGAAGCGAUAGGAGUUCAGUGGAAGAAGAAGAGCUGGAGGAGAAACCCAGAUGGCUAGACAGAUGGAUGGCCUCUAAACAAUGGGAUUCCAGCAUUGCCCCUUCCCCUGCUGUUAGAGCCAGAGCUUCAACUGAUCAUAGAGACUCAAUCAAAACUGUUGAAAUUGACACUGCACAACCUUACUCUUACUUAGCUCCUAACUUCAGAAGAUCAGUAACUUCAACAUCAGCAAGCCAUUACCAUGCUCAGCACCAUAAUCAACGCCCAUCCUCGCCUCGAGCUCAUCACAACCAAUCUCAGUCACAACAUCAUUACCACCAGCAUCAACAUCCACCAUCCACCACUCCCUCUCCAUCCCGGGCGCGGCCUAUUCAAGUCCGGUCCGCCAGCCCACGUUGCAUUAGAGAAGAGAGGAACUACAGCAGUCAAGUGUCUCAAACACCAAGUUUAAGAUCAAAUUACUUUUAUAAUGGCAACGUCCAACCUAAUCACAAAGGAGCUGCCACCAGUGCUACCACAAGCACUAGCAGUGGUGGGCCCAAACCCAAUUACAUGGCAGCCACGGAGUCUGCUAAAGCGCGACUCCGGUCUCAAAGCGCUCCCAGGCAUCGGCCCUCGACACCAGAGCGAGACCGACCCGGAACCGGGUCCGGGGUCAAGAAGAGGCUGUCAUUCCCCAAUCCUGACCCAUACAGUGGGAUGGGGUAUGGAAACUACAACUUGAGGAGCCCAAGUUUUAAGAGUGUGAAUGGUGUUCAAUUGGGGAUGAUGGAGCAACAAUCAAUUUACUCAUCUUGUUGUACGGAUAGUCUUGGGGGUGAGAUUUCCCCAUCUUCAACCAGUGAUCUUAGAAGGUGGUUGAGAUAAUUUGAUUUUUCAUUGAUUGUUUUAGGUGGUGUUUAAUUUGCUGCUAACUUUGUUUGUUUGACAGUAAAAAUCAGGUGAGUGGGAAAGUUUCAUUAAUUUUUUCUGAUCUGCGAAUCCAAUGAUUUGAUAUUGGUAGUUGGUUCAUAAAUGUUUCUGUUUGUAGCUGUAUUGAGUUACCGGGGUUUGGUUUUUUUUCAUUUUAUUGUGUAUUAAUUAUCCAUGUAAUCAUAUAAUUUGUGACAUUCUAAUCCAGUAAUUUGCUUACUUGUUUUC